AAGUCAGAAGUCACAACUCUGCAGGAAAAUAUUGUUUUUUAUUUUUAAAUUAAAUAUUUAUUUAUUCAAAUUAUUCAAAAAAUAAGAAAAUUUAAAAAAAGUGGAAAAUAUUUUAAUUUUUUGUUAUCAACGUUAUUGUUUCUAUUCAUAAAAUGGAAUCUUUAUUAAUUAAUGAUACGAACAAGUAUAAUUUAGAGAAUAACAUUGUUCGAGAGGUACCUUCUUUAGCAUACUAUGUACCAAAUUUUUUAACAAAAGCUGAUGAAGAAGAGAUAAUAAAAUGUGUAAAUAAAUCUCCUCAACCGAAAUGGACACAAUUAAGUCACAGAAGACUACAAAACUGGGGAGGAAUUCCUCAUCAAAAAGGAAUGUUAGCUGAGGAAAUACCAAGUUGGCUGCAGAAAUAUGUCGACAAAAUGUCAAAGCUAAAUGUAUUUGAAGAAUUGAAACAACCAAAUCAUGUUCUCAUUAACGAAUAUUUAUCAGGGCAAGGAAUUAUGCCGCAUUCAGAUGGACCACUUUUUCAUCCAAUUGUCAGUACAAUAAGCUGCGGUUCACAUACUUUUUUGAAUUUUUAUGAACGUGUGGAAACUGAAAAAAUUGAUAAAACGCCAAAAUAUGAAUUCAGUUUACUAUUGGAACCUAGAAGUUUGCUUAUUUUAAAAGAAGAUUUGUAUCAUAAUUAUCUACACUCCAUAGAUUGCAAGAAUGAAGAUAUUAUUUCGGAAAAUACAAUAAAGAACUUGAAUUUGUGUUCACAAAGUUAUGUGGAUAAACAAGUUUUGUUACGAUCUACAAGAAUAUCGUUAACAAUUAGACACGUUCCGAAAGUUAGUAAAAUGAAGUUAAAAAUUGGAAAAUAAUAUUCGAUUUUAAUUUUAAAAAUUUGUUCAUUAAAAUUUAAGGCAAAGUUACUAAAGUACAAAA